AUGACUGAGCUUCCAAAAUCAAACGACUUGAACGCCACUUGGAACUUUGUCGAGCCAGGGCUCAAGAGAAUCAUCGGUGGCUCUGAAGACAAUGUCGGUGUUACGCCGCAGAUGUACAUGAACGUUUACUCUGCGAUCUACAACUACUGUGUCAACAAGUCAAGAUCUCCAAACAACCUCUCCUCGAACAACGCCUCACAGUCGUCUCUGCUUGUGGGCGCUGAGAUCUACGAAAGGUUGAAGAAAUACCUCUCUGUUUACGUGAAACAGUUACAGCGCACACCACCAGAGUCAUUCUUGGAGUUUUAUGUCAAGAGAUGGACCCGUUAUACCGUGGGCGCAGGAUAUCUUAACCACGUCUUCGACUACAUGAACAGAUACUGGGUUCAAAAGGAACGUAACGACGGUCGGAGGGAUAUCUUCGACGUCAAUACCUUGGCACUAUUAACAUGGAGAGACUACAUGUUUCUCCCACAUGCUGAAUACCUUGUGAAGGAGAUAUUGGCCCAGAUCGAGUUACAAAGGGAUAACCAAGUCAUUGAUACCAAGUUUUUGUCAACUGCAAUUAAAUCAUUUGUCUUACUUGGUAUAGACGUUCAAGAUUUGAAGAAACCAAAUUUGCACAUUUAUAUUGAUAAUUUCGAAAAGCCCUUUUUGGAGUCAACAAGACAAUUUUACGCUGCAGAAUCUGCUGAGUACUUGUCAUCCCAUAACGUUGUGGAUUACUUGAGAAAGGCUGAACAGAGAAUCAACGAAGAGGAAAGUCGAGAGACUUUAUACUUAGAUGAACACAGUAAGAAACCUUUAACGGAUACUUUGAACGAUGUGCUUAUAGUUGCUCACUCCCAGGUUAUGUACGACGAAUUUGCCAAUUUAUUGGAACAAAAUCAGAUCGAUCAUAUUGCAAAGAUGUUUGCCUUGUUCAACAGAGUGCCAUCGACCUUGGACCCACUAGCAGAAAUCUUCCAAACUUAUAUCGAUCUUAAAGGUAUUACUGCCAUUGAUAACUUGAAGAAUGACAUUCAGAAUGAAGCUUCCAAGGCAGAGGCUACAGGUGGAAAGAAGCCAAAGCAACAAGUUGAUCCAAAGUUGUACGUCAAAGCACUUAUUCAAGUCUAUAAGAAAUUCCAGCAGAUUGUUAGUACUGCUUUCCAAAACCAUCCAAUCUUUGUCAAGGCCUUGGAUAGCGCCUGCCGUCAAUACAUCAACAAUAACUCAAUUGCUAAACCACCAGGUUUUAGAGGAACCUCAAAGACAUCUGAUUUGUUAGCAAAGUACAGUGAUAAUUUGCUCAAGAAGAACAAGGAUGCCGAUGCCACAAGUGACAUGAGUGUUGAUGACAUUAUGGUCAUCUUCAAGUUCCUCAACGACAAGGAUGCAUUCGAAACACACUACAGACGCUUAUUGGCUAAGAGAUUGAUCCAUGGAACCUCAUCGUCCACUGAGGCUGAAGAAACUGUGAUCCAAAGAUUACAGAGUGAAAACAGCAUGGAGUAUACAUCAAAGAUCACCAGAAUGUUCCAGGAUGUUAGAUCCUCGCAUACACUAAGGGCAACGUUCAAAGAUGAGGCUUCAAAGAGAGCAGAUUCCAAAUCGAUAGUUGCGGACUUUGAGCCUUUUGUUCUAACCGAAACAAUGUGGCCAUUCAGUUUCUCAAAGAAUAACAAGUUCCAACUUCCCGCUGAUUUGGUUCCAACAUACUCCGCAUUCCAAGAUCUGUAUGGACAACAACACAGUGGAAGAAUCCUCAAAUGGCUGUGGAACUUGAGUCGUGGUGAUAUUAAGGCAAACUUGCAGAAACCUGGUAGAGCACCGUUCACUUUGAGCUGUACCCUGUACCAAAUGGCUAUCCUCCUCCCAUACAAUGACAGCGAUACAUAUACACUCUCUGAGCUUUGCAAACUGACAGGUUUGGAUGCGCCUGUCAUCUCCAAUGCAAUCGUCCCCAUGGUCAAGUACAGACUUUUACAACCAUCGCCAGGUGGAAUGGAUGCUCUUUCUCAGCUUGAUACUAAAUUCACAGUUGUUACUGAGUUCAAAUCUAAGAAACUCAAGGUCAACCUUGUCCAAGGUGUUAGAUCCUUGGAGUCGAAACAAGAGGUUGAGGACGCAGAGCGUGAGAUUAAUGAGGAUCGUAGAUACUACCUCAAGGCAUGUAUUGUUAGAAUCAUGAAGGCAAGAAAGCAUUUGUCUCAUGCUGCUUUGCUUAAUGAAGUUGUUCAACAGUCUCACCAGAGAUUCAGUGCCAAGGUCGCAGACAUCAAGAAGUGUAUUGAUGAAUUGGUUGAUACUGAGUAUCUUCAAAGAAAUGAGGAUCAGAGCUAUGAUUAUUUAGCUUAG